AUGUCAAACAACAACUGGCGACCGCCCCCCUACACCCCCACCGCGCCCCCCUGGGGCAUCCCACCUCCCAUCUACGCUGGUCCCCGCCGGACCUGGACCGCAGGCGCCUACGGCGCCACCCGGCCUCCCGACCCACCUCCCAGCAUCGAUCAACCUCAGUGGCCUAGAUGUGGCCAGAGCCUCUACCACCCCUCCUUCAACAACGUCCUUUCCCCUAUCCCGUAUCAGCCCAUGGGACCGGGGCCGGGUAAUCCGCACAUGGCAGCUGCGGCUGCGGGGGCGGUACAGGGCCAGCCUGGGGGUGGGUAUACCCAUUUCCCGUAUCCGGGCCCGCAGUACGCUGUGCAGCAGCCGGCAGUGCAGACAGGAAGCGGUGCCCAGGCGGCUGGGCCGGGGGUAGGGGGCCAGCCUGGCGCGGUGGUUGUGGGCGCGCCGGGGUCGAUGCAGGGGACUGGGCAGUGGGUUGGGCAGCCGCCGCAGGUGCAGUGGGUCGGGCAGUAUCCGCCUGGUGGACCGGCUCCGGGCCAGGCGUAUGGGUAUCCAGGGGCUUGGCCGCCGAGGUGA